UUUCUGACACUCACACCUCUCUCUCUCUCUCUCUCUCUCUCUCUCUCUCUCUUUUUUUCUCUGUUGCUUUUCUACUCCCUCUGCUCUUACCAUUCAUCAUUCAUUCAUUACCACAUCAACAUGCUUCUUUCUCCGUCCCUCGGUUCCGUCAAACCCAAGCCAUUCCAGGUUGUCGCCGAGGCUUUCCCUUCCUUUCUUCCCAGGGAAGUUCACACUAUUCGAGACCCCUCUGCUCGAAAACUUGCCAUGCGGAUUCAGAGGAUACCCGUCCCUGUUAGGUUCUCAGAAAAUCCCAUCAUGAGUAGUUGUGUGAAGCCACUGGUGCAGAGAAAGGAAACCCCAGUUGUUCUUCUACAUGGUUUUGACAGCUCAUGUUUAGAAUGGAGAUAUGUAUUACCAUUGCUUGAGGAAUCUGGUUUUGAGACCUGGGCCAUUGACAUUCUUGGUUGGGGUUUCUCUGAUUUAGAAAAACUUCCUCCCUGUGAUAUGGUAUCAAAGCGUGAUCACUUCUAUCAGUUUUGGAAGUCCUACAUCAGAAGGCCAAUGAUAUUGAUUGGACCAAGCCUUGGCUCUGCUGUUGCAAUUGACUUUGCGGUCAAUUAUCCUGAAGCUGUGGAAAAACUAGUUCUGAUCGGUGCCAGUGUAUAUGCAGAGGGAACUGGAAAGCUAGCAACCUUGCCUAGAGCGAUAGCCUAUGCUGGGGUAUAUCUAUUGAAGAGCAUUCCAUUACGCUUAUAUGCUACCCAUUUGACCUUCACUAACAUUUCCUUCAGCACCAGCAUUGAUUGGACUAAUGUGGGCCGCUUGCAUUGUUUAUUGCCUUGGUGGGAUGAUGCUACUGUGGAUUUUAUGACUAGUGGUGGUUACAAUGUUGCCUCCCUAAUAGGAAAGGUAAAGCAAAAAACACUGAUAGUAUGGGGUGAAAAUGACCGCAUCAUCAGCAAUAAGUUUGCAGUGCAACUACACUGUGAAUUACCUGAUGCAAUUAUUCGCCAAAUACCCAAUUGUGGGCAUCUCCCUCAUUUGGAAAGACCAGAUUCUACUAUCAAAUUAAUUGUUGAAUUUGUGCAGAAAGAGGCUAAGAAAUUAAAUCAAUCUGUUUUACAUGUAUGAAGUUUGAACAUCCACUUUGCCCCUUCUCUAACUAAGAAGGCAACUGGUAAGUUUAGCAAUUGGUAAACCAGCUGCUGAUUGAGCUAAAUAGGGAGUGUUUUAGAGGUAGAUAGAAACAGUGUUGCUGCAGUAGCAUGAUAUCGUUAAUGCACAAGCCUUUCUCAUAUUAUAUACUGAUCGUUUCUUUUAAAUG